CUUCGCCCGAGCUCCGAGCUUGGAUAUCGGGAGCGUAGUAGACAUCAACAUCGAGAUCACGCUCGUAGGCAGUUCUGCUACGCUCGAGUGUUCCAGUCACUCCACUUCAGGUCUUCCACACCUUUACCGAUAUCGAAACUUGUUUGCUCGCGCCAUCAUGUCCGAACCGGCAUCCUCCUACGCCAACAUCCCCACGCCCACUUCCGAAGACGUCGAUUCGCUGCCUUCCUCGUCUGCCGGCUCGACAACUUCCGUCUCACCUAGCGAAGAGGAGGCAUAUUCCGACGCCGAGCGAGAAUGGCGCGAGAGUCUGCAACAGCUCGAGCUCAUGUUGACACUGGUGCUGAUACCAUACCUCGGGAAAUACUUUGGGCGCAAGUGCGCGUAUUAUGGCUGGACUAAGUUCAUGGAAUGGAAAUAUCCCGUCAGCAUAGAAAUCACCAGCCCUGGCGCUUUCAAGGCCGCGGGAGUCGUGGAGGCAGCAGCAUCGCUAUGAUGGGGAUUCGCCGCUUUCGACUAUUCGAACAGACGUGCAAGACGCGGUUCACAACAUUGGGGCACCCUGCUCCAGGCUUUUGUCGGAUUAAUGCCUUCCGAGAGGUACGCUGCUGCGAGCAGAGAGGCUUCUUUACAGACAGCACUGUCUCGGACUAUGACGCUCGUGGCCAGUCGAUGGUUCUCUCGCGCUGUAAUUGCAGUCUAUACUGAGGCUAAUGCUUCAACACCUGACGACACCAGACUUACGACAUAUCACUUCACGACGAACCACUUCACGAUACAUUGAUGUAUGCCUUCCGCAAUCAACUCAAACGGGCAACAUAGUGGGGUCAAAUUUUAUGUUACAGCUGCCGAAGAUCGAUUGUGGCGUACGUAGUGAAUCGAUGCGGGAGACGCGUGGCAGAGUCAUGAGCGCGUGUGCCGUUCACGAAGAGCAAGCGGGUGCGGUCACGAGACAUCGAUGAACGCUUGGGCGGCGGCGGACGAUGCUCUUUGGAUGGCCGACGCGCAGAUAUCGUAGGAGGUAGACUUGCUCUAUGUAAAGCUACAGAAGUGACAUUAUAGAAUGUGCUCUCAAAGAGCGCCAAGAAAGCA